CACGCUGUGUAUCCUUUCGGUGCACGUGCACGUAGUAGGAUUUUAACCUAAAAUGUAUUAUUAACUAACAGAUCUAUAAAUAGUUUGUAGAAGAUAGAUAGAAAGAGAUAUUUAACGGGUAUUAAGAAUGCAUUAAAUAAGACUACGUUAUAAACUGUUUAAUUCUGUUGUAGUUGUUUUCCACUCGUUUGAGAAAGCAAUAUUCGCGAAUAUUUCUAAGUGUCUGAUGUAGGGUUAUUAUUAAUCCCUAUGUUUUGUCUAUGUUUGGAUGCUUUAAUGCCAUUGAUACGUGAAAUAAAAUGACAACUGGUAUAUUUGACAAUUCACCAAGAGAAAUGCAGUUGAUUAAUUCUGUAGACGAUACAGAUGCCAAAGAGGAAUAUAACAAUGUUGAAAAAAUAAGACUGAGAAAAGAAUUGGGACUAUUGGAAGGUGUUGCCAUUAUUUUAGGAAUCAUAUUUGGCUCGGGCAUAUUUGUAUCCCCGAAAGGUGUAAUACAAGAGGUCGGAAGCGUAGGAGUUUCCUUGAUUAUAUGGGUAUUAUGUGGACUAUUGUCUAUGAUAGGAGCAUUGUGUUAUGCCGAGUUAGGCACAAGUAUACCGCGCAGCGGCGGAGAUUAUGCUUACAUUCAUGAAGCCUUUGGUGCUUUGCCAUCAUUUUUGUAUCUAUGGGCUGCCAAUCUAAUUUUUGUGCCUACAACCAAUGCUAUAAUGGCAUUAACCUUCGCGCAAUAUGUUCUACAACCAUUCUUUCCAAAUUGUUCUACGCCGGACAAUGGUAUAAGAUUAAUUGCAGCUGUAACUAUAUGUUUCUUGACAUUCGUCAAUUGUUAUGAUGUAAAAGAAACAACAAAGAUGCAGAAUAUAUUUAUGUUUGCCAAAAUUGCCGCUUUAGUGAUUAUUAUUAUAGCUGGAAUAUCGUGGUUGUGUAUGGGACAUACAGAAAACUUUGAGAAUGCUUUUGAAAAUACAAAUACAGAUCCUGGAAAAAUUGCAGUGGCCUUUUAUUCUGGAAUAUUUUCAUACUCUGGAUGGAACUAUUUAAACUUUAUGACUGAAGAAUUGAAAAAUCCUUAUGUAAAUUUACCACGCGCAAUUUAUAUAUCACUGCCUUUAGUCACAUUAAUCUACGUACUAGCCAAUGUUGCCUAUUUGUCAGUUUUGACGCCGACCGCGAUGAUUGCUUCGGAUGCGAUUGCAGUAACGCUUGGAGAUCAACUUCUUGGAGUUAUGGCAUGGGUUAUACCUGUUAUGGUUGCUAUUUCCGCAUUUGGAGGAUUAAGCGUUCACAUUAUGACUUCUUCCAGAAUGUGUUUUGUUGGUGCCAGAAAUGGACAUUUUCCAUCUAUGCUUAGUCAUAUCAAUGUAUCAAGAUUUACUCCUACACCUGCUUUAGUAUUCCUGUGUAUAUUGUCAUUAAUAAUGUUAUGUACGAGUGACAUAUUUGUAUUGAUAACAUAUUGUAGCAUAGUGGAAUCUUUCUUCAUUAUGUUAUCUGUAGCUGGUAUUUUAUGGCUCCGAUAUAAAAAACCUAAUAUGAUUAGGCCGAUAAAGGUACCUUUAUGGAUUCCUAUAACGUUUGUAGCAUUAUGUGCAUUUCUGGUAUUGGUGCCCUGUUACGAAAGACCUUACGAAGUUGGUAUGGGUAUUUUAAUAACAUCCUCCGGUAUUCCUGCUUACUUCAUGGGCGUUACAUGGCAAAAUAAACCAAUUUGGUUUCAAAAAAUUAAUGUCAAAGCCACGCAUAUCAUACAAAAAUUAUUUCUGUCGGCGAGAGAGGAGGCAGAAGAUACGGAAUAAGGAAAUCGUGUUCACCUUGGUAAAUAAAAGAAGAAAAUACGCAAGGUAUAUAAAAACGGGCCCUUGAUUUUUGGCAGCUAGUUCUUUUUUUCUUUUUUUUUUUUUUUUCUUUUUUUCUUUUUUUCUUUUCCCCUCCAGUCGGUCUCAUAUUCGAUCUCAGACAUUAUAGCGAAUAAGUGAUGAU